UCGCCGGCACAAAGCAAACAGAAAAAAAACCACUCAAACACGCAAAAAUGUUGGUGCCGGAGCAAUUAUUAAACGUCACAGAUAUUUAUUAAAUUGUUGAACGCAAUAGUAACAAUAUUACCAGCAUCCAAUCGACUUGUACCGGCCGCGUGAUUGAUUACCGAUCCAGACGAAACUUUAUUUUCAAUCCGCGUCAAGAAAUGUUUAAUUAAUCGUGUUAAUUUCGUUUGCGAAUUGUUGAAACUUUUCAACAUUUCCAUAUAGUGGGAGAUGAGUGUCUAGUGUGAGGUGAAGGCAAGAUUACCGUAUUUGUAUAACUCAAGCGCCGCCGCUUGACGGAUGUCCCCGAAAAUUUUAUAAAAGGUCUGCUGUUAUCUCGGAUUUUCAGUGUGCAUGUGAACCUGAGUAAUGCGUUCAAUUUUCACCACUCAUUAACACAUUCGUAUGCUGUGACUGGAUUCAUCAACAAGUUGAAAAUGACAAUCAAAAUUCCAAUUGCGCACAGCUCAAGGCUGGAGGAUUGGAUCAAACUCUUCAACAUUUAUUUCACUGCGUUUUCCUUGAACUUGAUGUCCUUCAUUGCCGGGCUCACCUUCUCCUGGGCCUCACCAUCAAUUCCAUACCUAAACGGCUCGAAGGACCCACACGUGAAUCCACUGCCUGAGAAAAUCACACUGGCGGAAUCAUCAUGGCUGACAGCAUUCAUCUUCAUCGGAGCCAUGAUUGGGAAUUUAAUUACGAUGGUCAUAGUGAAAAAACUGGGACGAAAGAUCUCGCUGAUGAUCAUGUUAGUGCCAACGAUGUUGGGUUAUUUGAUGUUUGCACUUGCCGGAGACCUGAUUGCGUUUUACUUCGCGCGUAUAUUCAACGGUCUUACGCUGGGUGCGAUUAUGCAGGUGGUACCCGUGUACGUCGCGGAAAUCGCCAGCAAGGAACGACGUGGUGCGCUCGGAUGUUUCUUCGCCAUCUUCCUGGCUACUGGACAGGUGUAUGUCUACGCAGUGGGACCUAGUGUAUCCUUCGAGAACUUCCAGUACAUCAACUUGGUAUUCCCCUGCAGUGCCUUCAUCCUCAUCGGUCUGUUUGUCGAUGAGAGUCCGUUCCAUUUCGUAGACAAAGGUAACAUGGAAAGGGCGCAAGCUGUACUGGCUCGAUUACGACCCGGCGCUGACGAUAAACAACUAAAAGACGAGCUCCAGGAAAUCUCGCAGUGCAUUGCAGUGAAGCAAGAACAAUUGGAUUACAAGCAACUGUUUGCUCAGGGUGCGCUCCGAAAGGCGUUAAUAAUCGCCAUUGCAUUGAUGGUAUCCAUCCAAGUGUCGAUUAUCAACCCGGUCGUCUCCUACAUGGAAACCAUCUUCACCGAAAGUGACACCGGAAUCUCACCACAGAUGUCUUCAGUGUACGUGGCAUUGUUACAACUGGUCGUCAUGUUGGUCAUACCACAUAUUGUCGAUCUGUUCGGCCGGAAGAUUCUGUUGACAAUUGGCCAGAUCUUCGUCACUGUCAGUAUCACAGCAUUGGGUGCCUACUUUUUCCUAAAGGGUAACGACUAUGAUGUGAGUGCAUUAGCUUGGUUACCAUUGGCGUCCAUCUUGGUAUUCAUUGUGGCGUUCGCCGUUGGUGUGGGAUCCGUCACCUAUGUGGUUAUCGGCGAGAUCUUGCCUGACAACGCAAAGAACGUCAUGUCGACCAUUUCGAUUCUGAUCAACAACAUUGUGGCGUUUGUUAUUUUAUUCGUGUUUCCGUUACUGGAGGAUGGCAUCGGUUCGGCGCCGACAUAUUGGAUUUUCAGUGGCUUGUGUGCGCUGACUGUACUGUUUCUAAUUGUAGUACUACCUGAAACAAAGGGCAAGAGUCUAAUUGAAAUUCAAGAGUUGCUCGGCGAGUAGCACCUAGGUAAAUCAAGUAGGUAGUGUUUAUCAAUAAUUUUUUGUUAUUAUCGAAUGAGUGUUUUGAGUAUUUUUAGUUUAACAUAUUUUUUUAAGCCUUUGAAAUGAAUUGAUUCUAAUAAAUCAUAACUGAUAACAUCUAA